UACUAGCUAUUCUAUAAGCUAACCAUCUCAGCUUGAAAGGUUCAUGCCGAGAUUUAUUACCCAGUUCACUCUCAGAUGACGCUGGCAUUCAAAAGCCCUUUGAUUUGUCCAACCAAAGAGCCAGUUAAAAAUACUUAUUAAACAUUGGAUUGUUUGAUUGUAUUUAGUUUAAUAUUUUUGAUUUCAUUUUUUUAGCACAAAUUUCACUAAAAGCGCCUUCUGAUUGUGAACCGGAGAAAUAAAUCUCAAACUGAAGCUGAGAUCAUCUCGUGACGUCUCUUAUUACAUUACUCUUUGAAUUUCACCAAAUUUUUUUAUUUCUUUAAUCAACAAUUGACUUAGUUAAGUUUUUUCAUAAAAUAUUGAUUUCUAACUCACAAAAUCAUCUUUAAACUACAUUUACGGUUAAAUAGGAAACAAAAAUCCAAAUAAUGGAAUUAAGAGUAGGAAAUAAAUAUAGGCUUGGUCGUAAAAUUGGAUCAGGCUCUUUUGGUGAUAUUUAUCUCGGUACCAAUAUAGCAACUGGAGAAGAAGUUGCAAUCAAAUUAGAAUGCCUUAAGACAAAGCAUCCUCAACUGCACAUAGAAAGUAAAAUAUACCGGAUGAUGUAUGGAGGAGUCGGAAUACCUUCUAUCAAAUGGUGCGGCUCAGAAGGGGAUUAUAAUGUGAUGGUUAUGGAAUUGUUAGGUCCAAGUUUAGAAGAUUUGUUCAACUUUUGUAAUCGAAAAUUUAGUUUAAAGACUGUACUCCUACUCGCGGAUCAAUUGAUUCAUAGAAUAGAAUUUAUCCAUGCUAAAAGUUUUAUACACAGAGAUAUAAAGCCAGAUAAUUUCCUCAUGGGCCUCGGGAAGAAAGGAAAUCUUGUAUAUAUUAUUGACUUUGGCCUUGCCAAGAAAUAUCGCGACAAUAGAUCCCAUCAACAUAUACCUUAUCGUGAAAAUAAAAAUUUAACUGGAACUGCCCGUUAUGCUAGUAUCAAUACACAUUUAGGAAUUGAACAAAGUCGACGGGAUGAUCUUGAAUCUCUUGGUUAUGUUCUCAUGUAUUUUAACAGAGGUAGCCUUCCUUGGCAAGGCUUGAGAGCAGCAACCAAACGCCAAAAGUAUGAGCGAAUAAGUGAGAAAAAAUUAACUACACCAGUUGAUGACCUUUGUCGGGGAUUUCCUUCAGAGUUCGCCACAUACCUGAACUACUGCCGGAAACUCAAAUUCGAGGAUAAACCAGAUUAUUCUUAUCUAAGGCAACUGUUAAGAAAUUUAUUUCAUAGGCAAGGAUUUACAUAUGAUUAUAUAUUUGACUGGAAUCUUCUUAAAUUCGGUAGAAAUCGUCCUCAAAAUGGUAAAGAAGAACAAGGUGAAUCUGGCAAUGUCAGUGGAGGUGAAGUAGGAGGAGGCGUCGGAACAGCUGGAAGUCACGUUGGAGUCGGAGCUGGUGUUGGCGUCGGAGUUAGUGUCGGUGUUAGUAGCACUGGAGAUGGUGUUAUUGGAUCUAGCAACCCUGAAGGCGAUCGUCAUCUUGAUCGUUCACUCUUACAACAGCAUGUUCUACACGAUCCUGAAAAUAGAAAUAUACCACUUGACCUUCGACCCAUCCCAAUGGUUUACAAUCAUCGUCCAUCCUUAUUUAGUACCGGUCCGAUCCCAAUACCAAGUAGUAGCACAACAGUAUCAGGAUUCAUUCCUCCAAACGGUGCUGGGAUGAUGGGAGCAACGGCAGGAGAAUUGAUACCUGCACCCCUCACCAAAAGGAAUUUGCGUUCAAGACAGAAGGAGGAGGUGUGAGAACAGGUGUGGUACCGAUGCCGAUAACUAUACCGGUGCCUAAUAAUUUCACAGUUAGAGCGUUUCCUCGAAGAAAAGUUAACGAAGAAAAUGCAAACCAAAACAAAUAAUCAAAACAAAUUAAAAACUGAUAAGUGUAAAUAAGGACAAAGAAAGAAAAGCUGAUUGAGAAAUAAAAAAGAGCAAAUUUGACCACAAAUGACGCAGGGAAAUGUCCAUAAAGUGAUCAGUGACCUUUCCAGUCCAAGGUGAAAAUCUAUAGUUUACACAAAGCAUUCAAAACCAUUUUUCUUAGUCUUUCCAAAAUCAUACCUUUUCUCCUCUCAUUAUUACUAACAUUUUCUUCUGUAUACUACACACAACAAAUAAAACAAGUUUAACGAAGGUCA